AUGCCGGCCCAGAAAAAUCCAGACGCGGAACGCAAUAACCCCUGUUUAAAGGAGCAAGAAGCGUCUUAUAACUGCUUAAGCAGAAACGGAUACAACGCUGAUAAGUGUGAACAGUACUUUGACAAUUAUAACACAUGUAAAAAGUUUUGGGGAAAGGUCUCUCAAGAUAGAAGAUCAAAAGGUCUGGCUCCAUACCUACCUGAAGUGUCAGAGAGAGAAAAAGUAAAAGAGGAUUAUUUAAAGAAAGUAUAUUUUAAUUAA